CAAAAAGAACGGUUAGGUCACUUCAGUUUUCCGAAUAUCUCCUUUUAGAGAGAGAAAGUGUGUGUGUGUGUGUGAAGAAGAGAGAGAAAAUAGAAUAAUCGCAUCGCAAUCUCUGAAUGAAUUGCGAUUUGGUGAUGUUGUUGUUGAUGAUGAUGAUUACGACGAUGCUCGAUAAUCGUAAUUGAUUAUUGAAUCUGAAACAGGCUCUUUUAUUUUAUAUACAUAUGUAUUGUUUGUUGAUGGAAUUAACUGAGGAUUUCGGAGGAUACGAUCGUGUAGAAAUAGCGAUUGAAUCAUCGAUCGCGUGAUUGUUGUUGUUGAUUUGGUUUUAGUUUGGAUUCGAUUUAUCGUUUGAUUGAUUUGAAUAUCGAAAAAGAGGAGAAAUGAACGGUGGCGAUGGCGGAGAUGUUGCGGCAGCUCCCGACGGUCCUCCACCGCCUCUUGACUGGAAAUUCUCUCAGGUGUUUGGUGAACGUACCGCCGGUGAAGAAGUGCAGGAAGUUGAUAUCAUAUCCGCAAUUGAAUUCGAUAAAAGUGGUGAUCAUCUUGCUACCGGUGAUCGUGGGGGCAGAGUAGUAUUAUUUGAGAGGACUGAUAAAAAGGAGCAUGGUGGGAAUAGAAGGGAUUUAGAGAAGACUGAUUAUUCAAGUAGUAGGCAUCCAGAAUUUCGCUACAAAACUGAGUUUCAGAGCCAUGAACCUGAGUUUGAUUAUUUAAAGAGUUUGGAGAUUGAGGAGAAAAUUAACAAAAUCAGAUGGUGCCAAACAGCCAAUGGUGCCCUCUUUCUUCUGUCUACGAAUGAUAAAACCAUUAAAUACUGGAAGGUCCAAGAGAAGAAGAUUAAAAAAGUUGCUGACGUCAGCAUGGAGCCAUCUAAACUAACUGGAAAUGGCAAUGUUGCUAGUUCCAGUGUUACUUCCGCCCCUAAACCACAUCUUGCGAAUGGCGGAUACUCUGACAAAUCCUACACUAGUAUAAACAAUGACUUACUAUUUCCUCCAGGGGGCAUUCCGUCACUUCGUUUACCCGUGGUAGUAACUAGCAACGAAACAAACCUUGUUGCAAGAUGUAGAAGAGUAUAUGCUCAUGCACAUGACUAUCAUAUCAAUUCCAUCUCGAAUAACAGUGAUGGCGAAACGUUUAUAUCUGCUGAUGAUCUUCGGAUAAACCUUUGGAAUUUGGAAAUUAGCAACCAAAGUUUCAACAUUGUGGAUGUCAAGCCUGCAAACAUGGAAGACCUAACUGAGGUGAUUACAUCAGCAGAGUUUCAUCCUACUCAUUGUCAUACGCUAGCAUAUAGUAGUUCAAAAGGAUCCAUUCGCCUUAUUGACUUGCGCCAGUCUGCCUUGUGUGAUAAGCAUUCUAAAUUGUUUGACGAACAGGAAGCUCCUGGUUCAAGAUCAUUCUUCACUGAGAUAAUAGCCUCUAUUUCAGAUAUUAAGUUUGCGAGAGAUGGAAGAUAUAUACUAAGUCGUGAUUAUAUGACCCUUAAGUUAUGGGACAUUAACAUGGACUCCGGUCCAGUCUCGACAUUUCAGGUGCAUGAACAUUUAAGACCCAAGCUGUGUGAUUUAUAUGAAAAUGAUUCUAUUUUCGACAAAUUUGAGUGCUGUUUGAGUGGUGAUGGCCUACGUGUUGCAACUGGUUCUUACAGCAACUUGUUCCGUGUGUUUGGCUGCCAUCCGGCCAGUACUGAAGCAACUACCCUAGAAGCUAGCAAGAACCCAAUGAGGAGGCAAGUGCAGGCCCCCUCAAGACCUGCCAGAUCCCUAAGCAGCAUAACCCGUGCAGUUAGACGAGGUGGAGAGGUUGACGCCAAUGGGAAUUCAUUUGAUUUCACAACAAAAUUACUCCAUCUCGCAUGGCAUCCUACUGAAAACUCAAUUGCUUGUGCUGCUGCAAACAGCUUGUACAUGUAUUAUGCAUGAAACUUAACAAAUUUUUGCUUGCCAAAUCCCCUUUCCUUUUUCCCCCUUUAAAUCAAAAGAACCCCCCGAAAACCAAAAUAGAACAAGUUUUCUUUUCCUUUUAAUCAAUUUUCCUAUCCACCCUCGAUUCGUUUUUUGACUCUCGAAGUACCAUUUUUAUUUAAUGUUGGUUAUUUAGGUGUAGUGUUUAGUUGUGAAGAAAGUCUGCUACAAACUUUGCGGGCGGGCCAUCAAGUUUUAGUUGGGAUCUUGAAUUUUGAUACUCGAUUUAUAACCGGUUAACUUGGUGGAAUUGAUACGAGUGUUGUGUGUUAUUUGUUCACAUGAUUAGGUACUGUACUGUGAAUGGAUUAUAACAUUUCAAGCACUGCACUUUCUUUCUUUCUUUGGCAUUUAACUCACUCAUGGUUAUGUAAUUUUCAUCAUUCAUGA